UGCCUAUAAAAAGGGCAAGUUCUUAUGACAAAGUUAAGUAGCUAGUGAGUUGGAACAUCUAUAGAUCAAGGAAAGGCUUCCUUAUUUUAAUUCCUAGCUAGCUUUCUUUUCUCAGCAUUGCACGCUAGCUCUUUAAUUCCCUGUUGAAUAGUAUACGUCCUUGGGAAUACUGAUUAGAAAAAUGGAGGGGAAGAUGAAUUGGACGGUCGCUGAUGCUGUGGACUACUAUGGUUUUCCUGCUGAUAGAUCUAAAACUGGCGGUUGGGUACCUGCUGCUCUUAUUCUAGUUAUUGAAGUUUGUGAGAGGCUUUCAACAAUGGGAAUAGCAGUUAACCUAGUGACCUACUUGAUUGGAACAAUGCAUCUGCCUAGUUCAACUUCCGCCAAUAUAGUUACAGACUUUCUGGGUACAUCCUUUCUUCUGUGUUUCCUUGGAGGCUUUCUUGCCGAUUCUUUCCUAGGCAGAUACAAGACCAUCGCCAUCUUUUCUGCAAUACAAGCUCUGGGCACUGGUGCUUUAGCAAUUUCGACAAAACUACCACAAUUACGCCCACCAACUUGCGGUGCAACUGCCACAGAUUGCAAACAAGCCAACGGAUUCCAAAUUGGAAUUCUCUACGUUUCUUUGUAUCUAAUCGCAAUAGGGACUGGUGGCCUUAAGUCGAGUGUAUCAGGAUUUGGAACGGAUCAAUUCGACGAGAAAGAUGAGAAAGAGAAGGCUCAGAUGGCAUACUUCUUCAAUAGGUUCUUCUUUUUCAUUAGCUUUGGAGCUUUGACUGCUGUCACUGUGCUUGUCUAUUUACAAGAUGAAGUGGGUCGAAGCUGGGCAUAUGGGAUUUGUUCUGUUUCCAUGUGCAUAGCCAUCAUGGUGUUCUUAUCUGGGACUAAAAGAUAUAGGUACAAGAAAAGCAUGGGAAGCCCCAUAGUUCACAUUUUCCAAGUUAUUGUAGCAGCUACUAGGAAAAGGAAUAUGGACCUCCAUUUUAAUGCUGGCUCAUUAUAUGAGGAUACUCCGGAGAACUCAAGAAUUAAUCACACGAAUCAGUUCUGUUUCCUGGACAAAGCAUCCAUUGUAGCUGAAGGUGACUUUGAGAAGAGUGCAGCUGGUGCUGCUCCUAACCCCUGGAAGCUAUGCUCAGUGACAAGAGUGGAGGAGGUGAAGAUGAUGAUAAGAUUGUUACCAGUAUGGGCCACAACCAUCAUAUUCUGGACUUCAUACGCACAGAUGAUCACCUUCUCUGUAGAGCAAGCAUCGACCAUGGAGAGAUCCCUUGGGAAUUUUCAAAUUCCUGCUGGCUCCCUUACUGUUUUCUUCGUAGUUGCCAUUAUGAUCACUUUGGCCGUUAAUGACCGCCUCAUCAUGCCUCUUUGGAAGAAAUGGAAAGGGAAACCGGGUUUUACAAAUCUCCAGAGAAUUGCAAUCGGGCUUGUCAUGUCAACUUGUGGAAUGGCAGCUGCAGCCCUAUGCGAGAGAAAACGAUUGUCAGUAGCAAAAGCCACGGGUGACAGUACUACAGCUACAUUGCCAAUAAGCGUCUUCUUCUUAAUCCCACAAUUCUUCUUGGUGGGUUCUGGGGAAGCAUUCAUAUACACAGGCCAACUAGAUUUUUUCAUAACAGGUUCACCCAAAGGCAUGAAAACCAUGAGCACCGGUCUCUUCCUGACAACCUUAUCUCUAGGUUUCUUUGUCAGUAGUUUCUUGGUCUCGAUCGUGAAGAGGGUGACAGGAAGUAAGGAUGGUGAAGGAUGGCUGGCAGACGAUAUCAAUCAUGGGAGGCUUGAUUGUUUCUAUGGACUUUUGGCAGUACUCGGCUCCAUAAAUUUUGUAGUAUAUCUGGUUUGUGCAGCUUGGUACAGGCCAACGAAAACCAAGUCUGCUGAUCUGCAUGAGAUGGGGAUCAGUGCUAGUACUGGUACUGCUGUUAAUUAUGGAUCCUCCAUUGAGGAGAAGUGCUAA